CGCGGAAAAGGUUACCGAUCUGUGUCUAACGUCUGUUAUCAAUGACGUGUAUUAUGGCAGUGUAGUGUCUGAUGUUUUUUACAUAGCGAUUGACAUAUACUUGCGCUAGGCAAGUAGUUAGUAAUCACAGACAAACAAUACAGGAUGGCGAGAAUAAUUUUACUUUGUCUGUUAUUUCUCGUAUCGACGAUUCACCGCGGGACGGCCUUUUAUUUGCCGGGUCUCGCGCCUGUGAAUUAUUGCAAAAAGGAAGACUCCUCUGAUAUCUGUAAACAUAAUAUCAAGUUGUUUGUAAAUCGUUUGAAUACUGAAAAGUAUAUGAUACCAUACGAGUACCAUCACUUCGAUUUUUGUGCGGGCGAUGAAAGUCAGAGUCCUGUUGAAAACUUGGGACAAGUUCUUUUUGGAGAACGUAUAAGACCUUCUUGUUACGAGUUAUCGUUUAUGAAAGAUGAGAAAUGCAAGGUAGCAUGUAAAAAAUCAUAUCGACAAGGAGACAAAGAGUCAGAAGAGAAACUGGACUUUCUGAAGAAAGGAAUGGCUCUUAAUUAUCAGCAUCACUGGAUAGUUGAUAACAUGCCUGUUACAUGGUGUUAUCAAUUAGAAGAUGAACGACAAUAUUGCAGCACUGGUUUUCCGAUGGGAUGCUAUUCUCGAGAAUCAAGGUUUCAACUGGAUAGCUGCAGUAUUAAUAGCGCAUACAUCAAACCAGACAAUUAUUAUUUGUUCAAUCAUGUGGAUCUCACAAUCACGUACCACAGUGGUGCUAAGGAAGAAUGGGGGUCCACGUUUAAAGAAAACGGCGGACGAAUAAUCUCUGUGAAAGUGGUUCCUCGGAGUAUAAAGCAUGAGAAUACUCCUGAUUGCGAACGCAAAGAGCCAUUGAGGAUACCGUCCGAACCGCUUCAUGAAAAAUUGGACAUCACUUAUACAUAUUCUGUAACAUAUGUACUAAAUAAUACAAUCAAAUGGUCAUCCAGAUGGGAUUAUAUUUUAGAAUCUAUGCCACACACGAAUAUCCAAUGGUUUAGUAUUCUGAAUUCGUUAAUAAUUGUUCUGUUCCUUUCUGGGAUGGUGGCGAUGAUACUGCUCCGCACGCUGCACAAAGAUAUCGCGAGAUAUAAUCAGGCUUCUUUCCAGAUAGAGUCAGGAGAAGACGCACACGAGGAAUUCGGUUGGAAAUUAGUACACGGCGAUGUGUUCCGACCACCCCGAAAGGGAAUGUUACUAUCUGUUCUACUGGGCUCCGGUGUUCAGAUCUUUUACAUGACGCUCGUAACACUUGCGUUCGCUUGCUUGGGAUUCUUGUCUCCCGCGAACAGAGGCGCUCUGAUGACCUGCGCCAUGAUCUUGUACGUCUGCCUCGGAGCCACCGCUGGCUACGCGUCCGCUAGAAUAUACAAAAGCUUUGGCGGCGAAAAAUGGAAAUCGAACGUGCUGCUUACGUCUAUGUUAAGUCCCGGAAUCGUAUUCAGUUUAUUCUUUAUAAUGAACUUAAUAUUCUGGGCGAAUGAGAGUUCGGCGGCUGUACCAUUCAGCACUCUCAUCGCCCUGUUGUCACUUUGGCUUGGAGUGUCCUUUCCAUUAACAUUCAUGGGUGCCUAUUUCGGAUUUAAACCAAGGGCUUUGGAGCAUCCUGUCAGAACAAAUCAAAUUCCUAGACAAAUACCGGAACAAAGUUUUUAUACUCAACCAAUACCUGCAGUAAUAAUGGGUGGAGUUCUACCAUUUGGAUGUAUAUUCAUUCAAUUAUUCUUUAUACUUAAUUCAUUGUGGUCAAGUCAAGUUUAUUACAUGUUUGGAUUUCUCUUUCUGGUGUUUGUUAUAUUGGUGAUUACAUGUUCCGAAACGACGAUUUUACUUUGCUAUUUCCACCUUUGCGCAGAGGACUAUCAUUGGUGGUGGCGUAGCUUCUUAACGUCUGGAUCCACUGCGCUUUAUUUAUUAGUUUACUGUAUUCACUUUUUCAUGACCAAGUUGGAGAUAGAAGAUGCCUUGUCUACAUUCCUCUACUUCGGUUACACUUUCAUCAUGGUUUAUUUAUUCUUCGUUUUGACAGGGUCAAUCGGUUUCUUCGCCUGUUUUUGGUUCGUGAGGAAAAUCUACAGUGUCGUGAAAGUUGACUGAACUGCAUGAAAUGACGCCAAUCGAAAACGAAUGUGGUAUGAGUAAAUAAUAAUAAUAAUAAUAAGAAUGAAUGACGGAGUCGAUAUCAAUAUUAAUUUUGUAAAAAAGAAGUGCAAAUGUUAAUAGCAUCGAGCUGUUUUAUGCAUAAGCAUUAUAUAUCUUUAUACAUGCAUCAGAGUUUCUUGAAUUUCUAACUCAGAUUUUAAUAAGAAUUUUCUUUAUCGCGUACUCUGAAGACUACUUAUCGCAAUACGUAAAAUGUUCAAGUUAAUUUGAUAGAAGACAAUCGAAUCUGAUUUGAAAUAAGUAUUUAUUUUUGCAAAGUGUAUUAUAUACGUGCAUAAAACUUUGGAUUUUUAAAUCGGCUUACUAAUUUUAAUGCUUGCGUGAAAAUGGAAGUAUUCAUCCACGUGAGCAAGUGAAUACAUUGCUAACAAAUCUUUUCUGUAUGCAUUCUUUUGAUAACGAGGUAGUUCUAUAAAACUAUAAAGAUACGUGUAUACAUGUUACAAAUGAAUUAUCCAGACGUAAUGUAUAAUUGCUAGCUACGUAUGUAUGUCUAUAAUAAGCCGAUAAACCUAAGGUAUUAAUCGACGAUGUAAAUAACACUUUUUCUCCUGUAAUCGUCAAGCAGCUGUAUCUCGAGUUUCCUGGAUUAUAAAUUUUAAUUGUAAUGUAUACACAUUUUUUACCUCGUUCGUAAGAACGUAUCUGUUGCGGCCCGUGAUCCACACUUAAAUCGCUACAUUUAUAGUUCAUAAAUGUACUUUGUUGUUCACUUUAAAAACAAAUAGUAUAACUAUUUGAAAGAUAAAGAAUUCAGAUGAAUUAUUCUGCUGCAUAGAAAUGCGAUGGACCGCAAAGGAUAAAUUUUACUAACAUGUUAGAUAUAUUGUGAAAUAAGAAUUCUUAGAUAAAUGAUUAUUUAUAGUGUCAAAAAUUCUUUCAGAUUGAAAAUAGUUAUAUAUUAGUUCCUGCAAUGA